UGGGCUCCAAGAAGGCCAUCACAGCCAGUGCCCCCUACUGCCCCAUAGAGAAGGAACAUGAGCGAGUCCAGUUCAAAGUCCAGCCAGCCUCUGACCUCUAAGCAGGAGAAGGACGGGACUGAGAAGCAACGCCGGGGUAGACUGCUCAAGCAGCCUCCUAAGGAGCCCAGUGAAGUGUCAACACCUAAGAGGCCUUGGGGCCGACCAAAGAAACUGGAGAAGGAGGAAGAGGAGGGCAUCUCCCAGGAGUCCUCGGAGGAGGAGCAGUGACCAUGCGCAUUUCCGCCUGCUCCUUGGCCAUCAAAGGAGCAGCUUUUCCUUGGG